CCAUACCACCGAGCAGCAGUCGUCAUUGGCCAGUGGCCAUUCGACAUUGUGCGAUCUGUCACUCAGCACUGACCAUUCAGCAGUGGCCUUUCAGCAUGCAUUCUGCAUCACGCAACAUACCGCACAGCAACUAAAAGAAGAUAGCAAGAAUCACCUCAUAUACGAUUAAUUCAAUACCCAGAAAAGUAAACCGUAUUCGAUUCUGAGUCUGCUCCCUAAAACACAGUAUGUCCAGCGACCCUCCUCCACCCUACCCCGGGGGCCCAAGUGCUCCUCUUAUAGAGGAAAAGAAUGGACAGCCACCAGUGUCUGCCUCAGCCACGGUAACGAGCGGACCCCCGCACGGACAUCCGCUGCCUCCAGAAUAUGGCCCUCCACCUUACGAGGCCUCAAUGCAGCCAGGCUUUUUGCCCCCUCACGUGCCAGGUGAGGGUCCAAUGCCCAUGCCACACUCAUAUGGUGGCUACCAGCCUGCUCCUGGACACUACCCCCACCCAAUGCCAGGGCAGUUUGCUCCAGGGCCCAGCCACUGCGGCCCGGGUUUGGGACACACGGCCACAAUGAUUGGUCCGACAGGCUCUGCUGCUACAGUCACUGUGCUGCAGGGUGAGAUGUUCCAGUCAGCACCGGUGCAGACCGUAUGCCCACACUGCCAGCAGGCCAUCAUCACACGAAUCAGCCAUGACAUAGGCCUCAUGAACACACUGUUCUGUCUGUUCUGCUUCUUUGUGGGCUGUGAUCUCGGCUGCUGCUUGAUCCCGUGUCUGAUCGAUGAUCUUAAGGAUGUGACGCACACUUGCCCCAACUGCAAGGGCUACAUCUACACAUACAAGCGUUUAUGCUAACAGCUCAGCCUGGAUGCACUCACGGCUCAAUCUCACGGAUUCCGCAGCCCCCCUCCUCUUUUUCAUGCUUCAUUCCCCAGCUGGUUUUCGUUUUAACUUUAGUUUUUAACUACCUAUUCCUCCAGUAAUGACUGUGUGUGUAUAUUUUAUAUAUAUAUAUAUAAUAUAUAUAUAUAUAUAUACA